GGAGCUACUAUGUGUUUUCUGGUUGCCAAUGAGAAGAGAAGAUGUUUCACUGUGGAGUUGGAGACAGAUGAGAAAUCUCUGUCAGACGCUCCAAACGGGAAUAACGACGCUCUUAUUUGAAUAAAGACAGUUUCUUAAUCUAAUGUGGACUAUUUAGAGGAGUUUAAGAUGCAUACAACCCGCAGUCCAUCCGCAUCCAUCCAGGCAGGAGCAGCUGGAGACGCACUGGACCUCAGCUUGAACGGCUCUCAGCUCACAAUGGGCCGCAGACCAAGCAGCGCUUCUCCUGGAAAACACUUCUCUCGAUCCAUAUCUGUGUCCGUGGCAUAUGACGGCAGAGGGAAGCGAAACACAUUGACUGAUGCUGGAUUGGGAAGCUCACGGGCAAUUAAGAACCUGCGUCGAUCUAACAGCACCACACAGGUGAACCAGCAGGCCAACACAAGCCUCAGCAGUGAAGGCCACACAGAAGACUUCCUGGCUCUCUUCAACAGCAGCUCUGAUGGACGGCGAAAACUUGCCAGCCUCUCCAAGAUGUCCAAAGAUCGAACCACCUGGAAUAUUCUGGAUGACCAGCCGAGAGUGUUCCCUGUGCCCAGCAGUUCUCACAGUACCUGCAGUAUGGAUUCUCCUACAGGCCUAAAGAAGAGGGAAGCUGGAGUCUCUUUGGCAGCCAAUUUCACUGCCAACAACAGGAGUAAUAAAGCAGCUGUGGGCAACGCAGUGACCACCAUCCUUCAUAACAACCACUCAGAGAAACCCCUCACUCCCAAGAGCUCCAAUCAGAAACCCUCCUUUAAUAACCUAAUCAAAGCCACUGUAAAUGACGAUGUGACGCUGGAUGUGAGUGGUUCUCUCACUAAGUCUCAGAAGAACUUCUCCUCUGCGUCAUCAAGCUCCAACAACAAUGCUCCUCGCAGCCCUCGAAGCCCAGGUCAACCCCGCAGACGAGAGGUCACCGAGGAGGAGGCCGAAAGGUAUAUUCAGCAAGUGAACCAUGCUGCUAUUAUCAUCCAGCGUUGGUAUCGUCGACAUGUCAACAGUAAGAGAGCCAAUGAGAAUACAAUCAAACAGCUCCUUGCAUCCAAAAAGAAGGAGAGGGAGCAGAGAGCAGAAGAGGCAAAAACCACAGAGUCACUGAAAAAGAAAGAAGAUGAUCGAAAACGGAUCAGAGAAGAGAAAGCUCGUCUGGCUCGACUCACUGCCAUCCAGGAGUUGCAGCAGAAAAGAGCUCAACGAGCAGCAGAGGUACAGCAAAUCGCAGAGCAGGAAACAGAGGCACUCCGGCAUGCUGGGAAAGUAGGACGUAAAAAACUCACCAAAAGUUCACCCACUUCUCCUACAGAUAUCAAGGCUAAAAAUACAGAUUCUAAUGUCAAUGUGGUGUCUGAUCUGGAUGAUGUGACGAAUCUGAGGGCUGCUUCGCCUGCUGGUUCUGCAUGCAGAGUAUCUCAGUGCUCUCAGGAGAUUCUCCAGAGGUCUGUAAGCAUGGAAGAUCAGCGACAGGGGGCGUCAUCGAGCAGAGCGCAGUCAAAAACCACUCUCAAUGAUUUGCUGGACACUCUGAAGCUCUUAGAAGAGGAGCCAGAGAGACUGUCAGAGCCUAAGAGCUACAGGAAGGACAAAUAUUCCUGGAUUGAUGAGGAUGGAGAUUCUAACUCUCUGACGACAGAUAAUGUGGAGCGGCACAGACAGCUGAGUCAAACUCCAGCUCUUCCAGAUGGGGGCGCUUUGCUCUCAGAAGCCAAACUGCAAAGCAUUAUGAGUUUUCUAGAUGAGAUGGAGAAAUCGGAGCAGGAGAGACCACGCUCAGUCACCUCUGGAUCACAUAGAGAGGUGGUGCUGUCAGAGGAAGAUCUAGCAGUUGUUGAACAAGCCUCAGCCACAGCUGCUGAGGUCACCGGCUCUAUGAUGAGACUCAGACUGGAGCUGGAUGAGAAAAAACGCACCGUCAAUAUGCUACAGACUGCACUGGCCCAGCAGAGGGAGCUGACGAUCCGACACGUGAAGGAGACAGAGAAAGAGCUUAAUCAUACUUUUCAGCUACAGAAAGAGCAGUAUGAAGCGACAAUACAGAGACACCUGACAUUUAUAGACCAGCUGAUUGAUGAUAAAAAGGCCCUGAGUGAACGCUGUGAAGAAGUAGUGGGAGAACUCAAGCAGGUCGAUCAGAAAUACACGAAGAAGAUCGCCCAGAUGCAGGAGCAACACGAGCUGGUGUGGCAAAUUCUGGGUCCCAUGUGUGAGGAGAUUAAGAAGCUAAAAGAGUUAAUGAGUGCCACAGAGAAGGUCCGACGGGAAAAAUGGAUCAACGAGAAGACCAAAAAGAUCAAGGAGAUCACUGUAAAAGGUCUAGAACCUGAAAUUCAGAAGCUGAUCUCCAAACACAAGCAGGAGCUGAAGAAGCUGAGAGUUCUUCAUGAGGCAGAGCUCCUCCAGGCGGACGAGAGGGCUGCUCAACGCUACGUCAGACAGAGCGAGGAGUUACGGCAACAGCUGGAGAAAGAAAAAGAUGAACAGUGCCAGAGAGAAAGAGAAUUGGCUAAGCAGAGGUUGGAGAAGCAGCUGCAGGAAGAGGAGAACGUGCUGCAGCAACAGAGGAGGCGUCUUUAUAAAGAAGUGUCGGAGGAAAAAGAGCGUCUCACACAACUGGCAGCAAGGCAGCAUGCAGAGCUGGAAGACUUAAGGAAGCAGCUGGAGGACAACAGCUCUUUGGCAGGAAGAGCAUUGAGAGAAGAGCUGGAGAAGAGCAGGGAUGAGCAGGAGAGACGUCAUCAGGUUGAAAUAAAGGCCCUGAAGGAACGACUCGAAAUUGAGAAACAGACAUGGGAGGAAAAUUAUAUGAAAAAAGAGGAAGCAUGGCUGUUGAGUCGAGAGAGGGAGCUGAAAGAGGAAGUGCGUCGUGGAAGAGACAAAGAGAUCGAACUGGCCAUUCAGAGGCUAGAGGUGGAGACCAGAGAGGCCAGAGAGGAGUGCGAGCGAGCUGCUGACAACCGGAUGAAGCGCGUGAGGGAGAAAUACGAAGCCGAGCUAAGGGAUCUGGAGCGUUCGGAGCGGACAUCGCUACAGAAACAGCAGGAGAUGAGGGAGAAACACAGUGAGAUGGAGGCCGAGCUUCUCCGACUGCAGUCUCUUUUACGACAGCGAGAGCAGGAGAUAAGCGACCUCACCCAGGCCCGUGAUAAGUUAUCAGAAGAGCGUCGCAGCCUGUCAGAAGUCAUCAGACAGGAGUUUGCAGAGCGGCUUAUAGAGCUGGAGGAAGAGAACAGGAGGAUGAAAAUGGAGGUCUCGGAAGCCAAAGCUCGACUUCGCUUAGAAGUAGAGCGAGUGACCAGAGAAAAGGAAGAAGAGCUUGCAGAAGUACAUCAGAGAGUGAAGUCAGCUAUAUUGAAGAAGGAAGAGACUGUGAACAACCUGCGGAAGCAACAUGAGGCGGCAGUGAAGAGAGCAGAUCAUCUUGAGUCAUUGCUGGAGCAGCAGAGAAAACAGCUGUUAGGGAAAUGAAUGACAAGUUAGGGCAUUGAACCCCCUAGAGAUCCCUUCCCUUCUGUCAUACCGUCCUCUUGCGCAAAGAAAGCUUUUCUUUAUUUGUUUUUUUGUUUUUUUACGUUUCUUUUGGUUGUUUGGAUUCUGGAUGGACGUUUUGGUUCCACCAGACCUCUCAUCCAUAAAGGCAGCCUUUGUCAUUCCCAUGGGAACAAGGCAAGAAAUAAGAGAGGAAUUUAAUCUUCUCCAUGACUCCUGGAGAGGCUUUUGUGUUGUCUCUCUUGCACGGAUAUGACCAAAUUGCAGACUCUUUUCAGCCACCGCUUUCACACAGCUAAUCAAACGAACAGUAAUUAAAAUUGAAACACAAUUUCCUUACUAGAGUUUAGAUCCAGUGUAUUGUUGAAUCUUACAGACUCGUGAAAAUGUGCAUAUUUCACCCCCGUACUCAGAAAAUAUAAAUCAGAAUUUGCUCCCACAUUAAGUGGCCUUAACUACUAUGUAUUUGCAUCAAAAUAUAAGGACAAUGUACUUAAUUUGUUCAUAAUGUGUUGCAGAACACUUCAGGUGCAUUUCGGGUCAGGUUUGCUGUUAGGUUUUGGGGUGGGUCAAGGUGUAAGGAACAGUCAAGAGUAAUUACACAUAUUACAUAUGUACAUACAUAAGUACAAUGUAAAACAUUUAUAAAUUAAAACUAAUAAUAAUAUUUAAAAUGAAUCAUCAAUCAGUGUAAAUAAAUGUUAGUUAGGGCUACUUGAUGUAAAGUGGGUCCCAGAAUUUUUCUUUAGUUUUGAAAACAAGACAGACCACAGCAAAUUAAAGUGACAGUUCACCUAAAAAUGAAGAUUUAUUAACAAUUUACUCGCCUUGUAAUUUCAAAUAUUUAUGAGUUUUGUUUUUCUGUUGAACACAAAGAAAAUACGUUGACAGAUAUUUGAAAUCAAAGCCAUUGAAAGUGAAUACCUGCAACAUUCUUCAGAUUCCUUCUUUUGUGUUCAACAGAAGAAAAAGAUUAGCCUCAAACAAAAAAACAACUUUGGCUCAUUCUGAAAACAUAGACCUAUAUACAUUUCUGGAGAUCACGAAUUAUGUAGGCAGAGCUACGUAUUGCUGUAUUUCAUCUUUAAAAGGAAUGACGCCGUUCCUUUUCACGCUUACCAGCUGACUGCUUACCUCCGUAUGGUCGGCUUUUCCGUUGUUACCAGUUUGUCUGCUAGCUUGACAUAUAUGUUGGCAGACCUGAGAUGCAGAGCGGAGUUGACUGCGACAACAGGGUUUGAUUCCGGUUAAGAACGGUUCCAGAAAGCGUAAGAAAAACAAAAGCUAAAAAAUAAAAUAGACAAUAAACAACAGGGUGAGAAUGUGGUAAAAUCUGAAAAUGUGGUUAAAAUCAGGGGGCUUUUCUAUUUCUGGAUUAAAACACUGUGAUUGGGUUUAGGGAAGGGAGUGGGCGGGUCAAUCAGUGCGUUAGAACAGCAGGCGCGAAUGACACUCCCAAGAGGUAUUUGAGAUCUGAGAAAGCGUACACAGGUGGAUUUGCGAAAAACAAAAAACGCAAAAAAUGUAGAUCCUGCAUCGUUUUUUUUCCUCUCUCCAGAUAUGUAUACAGGGGUAUGUUUUCUGAAUGAGUCUGGGUUGCAAAAAAACACUAUAUUGCAGAAAUAUAUUAUUUAAGUUGUAAAGUAUUUAUACAACAUGAUUUAUGUUUAAUUUAUGCUUGUGUUAUUGCCAUUUUCACUCUUAAUAUAGUAAAAAAAAUUUACUCUGACUAAAAUCACACUCAAAAACUUUCUAAAGUAGGUUAAUGACAGUUCCCAUUGUGGUAACAUGAUGAAUCACCAUGGAAAAUGUGACAAUGCAAAAUAGCAGUUCUUACAUUUGAUUAUUUGAAAAUGGGUGUAAAAUCUGCACGCCUUUGAGUUUCACCCAAGAAACUGGAAAGCCCCAUUUCGCCGGGCACAAAGGCAUGCACAGUAAACUGUUCCAGAUGUUUCUGUAACCUCAUGCCGUCUCCCCGUCUCUCCUCCACACUGGAAUAUAGGGAAAUGGGUGGAGAUUACAGUGGACAGGAGACAAGGGAGGAGAAGUUGGCUUUGAAAUGGAGCAGAGAAGUUAACCCUUUGUAUUAAAGAGAGGAGCCUAAUCCCCCACCAACACAAACAUCCCCACUCCCCACUCCUUUUGUUGUUGAAUACAGAUGCCUUUUGUCCCGGUGCCUCACAGGGCUGUUUCUAAAUUACAGGAGAUGUCCCAGAAGCCCCCAGGAAACCCAAACAUGCUCACACAGAGCCCUCGGUGAAGCCCAGCUCUAGUUCAGAUGUCAGGGAGUGAUGGCAGCGCAGCUAGAAGAGAGAGAGAGUUUUAGAAGGUAUGUUGGCAGUAAAGCAGUAGAUGGACAAGAUAAGUAUAGAGUGUCUCUUUAGGUAGACUGUAGAUUGAGCGGCUCUCAUGGUACGUUGAUGUUCAUGGUGAGAUGAGAUUGAAGUUGAGAUGGAUGUAGAAAGUUGGGUAGAUGAAUAAAAAAUGAAAAUUCAGAUGGAUAGAUAUUUAAGAGCAGUGUGUACUGUAUGAUGGGACAGCAGAGCUGGGUUCAAUAAAAAAGCGACUAUUGUUUGCUGAAUAUGGUGUUCCUGAAUCAACAUUGUCUUAAAGUGGCAGAAAAACAGGGAGGGAAACGGCAGGGAGUUUCACAAUAGGGUAUAUGCAGAGCUAGUGUUUCUUCCCAUACAGCUAACAGUCCGGUGAACGGGUAAUGUGACUUUUCAAUUAUAUACAGUUUCUUUUACAGUAUAGAUGUUGUAAUGUAAUUAAACUAUAAUCAGUUAAAUAGACGUCAGUGUUCAGUUAGUUAUUGAAGCGUAAACCGAGAUGAAAAGGCGUUUACUCGCAGGCAUCAACGGGCAAGCCCAGAAACACCAUUGGAAAUAUUGGAGUAAAAUAAAUUAAAAUAUUUUAAAGACAUGGCAUAGAAAAAUAUAAUUUAAUGCAGUGUUUCUUGUACAUUCUGAGACCCACUUUAUAGCGUGUAUCUUUUAGGCGGUGAAGAUUGUUGAUUUUUAAAGAAAACAGACCUUAAACAUGCUGAUUUUGUAACGGAAUACAGUUCACUGGAAGCGUUUGACCAAGGUUACUGACAAAUUAAAAGUCUUUCUGCAUGCGUCUGCAUAUACCCUAUUGUUUUUAAGGACUAUUAGCCAUGGAAAUGAAUCAGAUUUAACAGUAAAUAAAUAUAUGUGUAAGUAUAAGUAUACGUAUAUGUGACACAGUUUUAGAGUAAAUGGUGCAGUUUUAUACAGUAAUAACUGCCGUAUGGAUUCAGACUUAACUGAAAAUUAAAAUAUAAUAAAAAAUAAAAGCAAAUUAAAGGAACUAAAUUACUACAACUUCCAAAUGAAGCUGUAAAAUGUAUUUUUUAAAAGUUGAACGAGAACAUUUAUUAAAACAGUAAUAGUAUUUUAUUGAAAUAAAACAACAAUACUGCUUCAAGCCAUAUAGGAAUGUCUGAUUUUUGAGCAAACUAUUAUUAUUUUAUUUCAUUUCCAAUCAUAUUUUUAAAAAGUUGUUUGUAAUUUAUUAGACUGAAUAAUAGAAAAUAAAAAGAUCAUUCAAAUUUCAUGAAAAUGUAUUGGAAGAUAAAAACACAGUGCAUCCUGGAUUUUACGGUGUUUUAUUGGUUAGUUUUAGGACUUACCACAUUCUUAUCAAUCUUUCAUUUGUAAAUGAUUGCUUAUUUGAAAAUUAAAUAUUUACACAAAUGUCAACCGGUUACUAACGCAUAAUAUUGAUUCAGGAACGCUUAUUUCUUGGUUAAAUGAUAUCUCUCGUGAUGCUUGACAAAUAGACUGUGUUACGUGAUCAGCAUCCUUGUUGAAUCAGAUUUGAGAGAUAAGUUUUCCAUGUUGUAUGCCAAGUUUAGGUUUAGAAACAAGGGUUAAGGGCUUCUACGUCAUACCGUUUACCCAUUUUCCCCCUCAGGAUACAUUAUAAGCAGGGUUAGGUUUGAUGUAGAAAUUUUUGACCAAAAAUGUUGCUCCAGAAUCUACACAAACUUGUAAAACGCAGCAUGACUGAGUACAUUCCGCAGUUUAAAAUAAAGCUAAAUGCAUUCCCAUCAUUUUUGGCUUUCACAAUGUAAACCAAGCAUUUGAACCCAAGAGAGGAACGGAAACAAAUGGCUUUCAGCUGGAGUUGAGGUUGCAGGAGCUUUAAAGCUUCCCAAACUCUCUAUUGUUAUGAGGUCUUAUCUUUUUCCCCCUUUCCAACAAAACAUUUACAUCAAUUGUAUCCCUGUUUUAUAAGUGGAAAAAUUGCAUCACAUGCCAAAAAAACAUCUUAAGCCUGUUGGUGAGUUUAGCCUGGCUGGUAAAUUUUAGGUCCUCCAUUCAAAGAGAACAUCCUUAAACUUAGAUUUAUGUGCCAAAUUAAAUCGCUUAUCAGAAGUUGAUAAGAUCAACUUCCCACCACUUUUUAUGUAGCGUUUUUUGCUUGAUGGAUUUUAUUGGUCAGAUUCUUCCUGUUGUGUGAGCGGUUUAGUGAGUAAAGCCGUGCUGAAAAGGUCAGAGUGAAAAGUGCCUCAUUCCUGUUCUCUAAUGAGUGGAUCAGGUGUCUCGUUUUAGUACAGAGAGAGGGACGCCAGAGUGUCCUCGCUGGAGUAUAGAGCUCUGUUAUGGUAAAAACUGUGGUGCAAUUUCAUGAGUCACCUGUUGGCAUCACACUUAAAUGUGUGUAGGUGCAUCCGAGGUCAGUUGGAUGCAGUUUUUUAGAACCGCCCGCUGGGAGGUUCAACACAUUACAGCAUUCUGAGAAUGUUUCAAAUGCAUUUCAUGAAGGUUAGAAGUUCAUUUUGGCAGCAGAUGCAGGUCCUUGGCUGUCUUUCUGUCUUCGAAUGGCAGUGUGCUUGGCAUGGCCGGUGUGUGUCAGUGGUGCUUGUGCCAAUAAGCCAUUCUUUUGUGAGUGUAGUGUUUAAUAUCCAAGCGCCGGUCGCCAUUUUACUGGCCUGUGGUCUGAAGAAAACAUGACUUUUAUUAUAUUAUAUUUUACCCUUAAAUGUUACCCUGUUAAGUUUUGUUGUUGCAUGUUUUUAAGUAAAUGAAAUGUGCCCUUUAAUGUGUAGCUCUUACUUUGAUUCUUCCUGUAUUUUGACCAAGUUUAAUAGUUGAUUUCCAACAGAGAUGAAAAGAAUCUUUGACUUUGUCCGUAUGAAAAUAAAUCUUGAAAAUGA